AUGAUUAUUAUUUGGGGAUAACGGCAAUAAUUACGAUUUUAUAUCAAUUAAUCAUUUGUUUUAUUGCUUUUACCCUACAAGCUGAAACUGUUACGGAUUUAGGAGGUGGAUCGAAUGCUGCGUUGCUUGCUAUCUUGACCUUAAUUUUUAGCCAAUCAUAUAGUACCCGCCAAAUAAUUGCUACAUUAUUUCAAAUUAUAUGGGGUCUUCGAUUAGGAUUCUUUUGUCUAUAUCGUAUGACAAAGACUGGUCAUGGUGACUCUCGCUUCAAUGAAAUUCGACAACAUUUUUCAAAACUUCUUGGAUUUUUUAUUUUGCAAAUUAUUUGGAUAUGGACUAUUAGUUUACCACUUACAUUCUUAAAUUCCCCAAAAAUUAAUGAUUCAUCUGAAGGCUUGGAUCAAAAAUUUGGAAGUGCCACUGAUGUUUUGGGCAUUAUUUUGUUUAUUUUCGGAUUCUUUAUGGAGUCUGUGGCUGAUGUUCAAAAGCUUAUAUUUCGCAUUAGGCGACUUUCUCCAAAUGAAUUUAUGAAAACUGGUCUUUGGGCAUGGAACAAAACCGCGAUAGUUUCUAUACUUUCUCCAAUAUUCACUGUUUUAAUCUUAUUGUUCUUAAGUGGAAUGCCUAUGGGCGAACGACCAACUCAUAUAAAACAAUACAGAGCUGGAAAUUGGACUGAGUACUCUCGACAUUUAUCGCGAACAAGUUGUUUAAUUCCUUUUCCACCAUCAUUGUAUGAACCGUUACCACAAUUUGUAAAAAGCACUUUAUUUUUGGAAUUUCCAAUAUAUAAAUUUGAUCCAGAUUCAAAUAGAGUUCAUCCUUACAAAAUUCCGAAUUUAUAUUCUAAUAUUAACUAG